AUGUCCAUGCUGUUACAGGAGAAGUUGUACAUUUUGUGCUGUUUACACGCGAGUGCGCGGGACUCGGAAGGUCUGACGAAGCUGCUUCCUUACUUCAAUGAGCAGUUGACAGAUGCAGUGGUUGUUCUGUGGCCGGAACUGGACGAUCCUCUGGCUUUGUCGUUCCUGUGUGCGUAUAAAACGGUGGAAAAGCUGGAGAUCAAUGAGAACGUGUUUGUUGAGCACAUGGCAAACGACCAGAGACUCAUCUGUAUAUUGGGGGCCGGCGACGAAAAUGCGCUCACUGAGAGGUAUAGUGCGUUGAAGCAAUAUGUCGAUGGGAAAUUGCCCGAGGGUCAGUUGAACUGGUUGCAGAAAAGAGUCAUCCUGUGCAACAACUUUGAUCCGAGCGAUGCGAACCGAUAUUCGAAAUUAUGGGAGACCCAACAAGGUGACGAAAACCUGCAGAGAUGGAUCAAUUGUCUCGUGAAACCGCUAACACAUUGGAACAAGAGGACUGGUGAAAAGAUGAGGAUUAGUGAGUUUUCUCAAUUGGAACGGCGGGCAAUGCUCCGUUUGAUCAUCGAUAACUGGGUUACCUUGGACGAAGCGGCAUUGAACAGCGAACUUUUCCCAGUGCUACAAAACGGUGACAAUUUCUACCAACAGUUUGUGACCGAUUUUUACAACUCAGAGAAGUUCUCGCUCGAUUCUGAAGCGAACAUUCGACUGUUCCACGCGGUCUUUGCUGAACUUUUGCAGAGGAUCUCGGACGGGGAUAAUAAAGCCCUCUUUGAAACAGCCACUCUGCGAAUAGUGUUUGAGAACAGCGGUAACCUAUUCAAAUACUCGACCUGCUCUGAUUUGGAGGAGAGGGUUCUGCAAAAAGUCUCCCCAGAUUCCAGACUGACCGAUUACAACGUCACCGUGUCGGAUCUCUUGACGUAUUGCCAGUACUUGAAGAAUGAUCUAUUCCCACAGGACUACACACUCAAAGAUGUUUACCGUGUAGCUCAAGAUGAUAGUUCUGCGCAGAGGUAUCAUUUCAUAACACUGUGCGAAAUGUAUCUGUUGAAGACUGCGCAUCCGGAUCUACACAUCCUCCUGCAGCGACUGGAUCUGUUCAACAAGUUGAAUGAUGCCGGUGAGCAAGGUCAAGAGAGGAGGGCCAUAUUGAUGGAGACGUUGAUACGGCUGGAGAAAUUUGAUCUACUAGAAUCGAUCCUGCAAGACGACGAUGUUCAGCAACUGGAUAUCUUGAAAAACGCCUUUUGGCAGUUCUUCAACAAUGCCUCGAAUGCGGGGACUCGCGAGAUGACAAAGGCGAAGACGAUUUUGAGGAUAUUGAAAGCGAAUAGCAAGGCCAAAGAGGGUGACCGUUUCAAGCAGCUGACGGCGCUCGUAGACCUUAGUGAACAGCUAUCCCACUACAGUUUGAAACUGGGCAAGCAAAUACCAUUCAAACCAUCAAAUAUUCUUGAUUUCAACGACGACCCGCUGCGACUAUUCACUAUUCUACUAGAGUUGAACCCGACGCUGUACAAGUCCCUUGACACGGUGAGUUUCCCACUGCUGUCAAAACUACUUAUCGCUUUAGCGUUGCCCGAAACACAAUUGGAGGAUUUCCACACGAGGCUGAUGGCGUUGCAUGUCGACUUCUCAUUAGCCAACAACGAUUUCACCUUUGCAUACAACCUUGUGUUACAACUGCUGGAGCGGGGGAACGUUUCCCGUUACUGGUCUACUGUGUUGCAAGUGGGGAAGUAUAACGACCCGAACUGGGUGGACAAUGAGCCGCCGACAGAGAUCAUCAUUCUGCAACUCGAGGUCCUGAGCAAGUUGCUCGCGGUGUGCCCCGCGGAGGAGAUCGAGGUCGUGACGUCGCAGUGGAGCGGGCUCGAGUUGGAGUUAUCGUCCCGGGACAUUGUCCAGGACCAGUACUCCCUGGAGAACCAAAGUUCUUUGUCGCACAACUUCUCGCUGAAGGACGUCUCGGGGACCGUGUCCUCGCUGCUGACAGGGUUUAAUCGCUGA